AUGAGACGGCUUCAGUGGUCCCGCUAUGCGAAGCCGCAACUAUGGCCGAGCAGCAGCACCAGGGCCGUCUCUUCGUGGUCUUCCAGACCGUCGGGGGCAGCAAUCGAGUGGCCACAGCUCAGACGACGACAACAGCAGGAGACGAUGACGACUGAGGGUGAUGGCACGAUCGAUGACGAGAACACAGAGGCGAGGACAGCAAACAAAGCAAGUUCAGAUACGGGCAACAACAACAAGAGACGGGGUCCACCGCGACGGACAGCCGCGACCUCGACCUCGUGGGUCACCAGUCGCGACGAGGUAGACUGGACGGCUCUAGCCGCGGGCGCCGACAAGAUCAGGAGGGGAGAAUCAGGCAGGGGCAGCGUCAGGAAAUCCUCCCCCGACACAAGCAGGACCAUGCUUCUCAUCCACGGUCUGGGCGACAACGUCUCCCCCACCGACUUUUACCGACUGGCGCCCAAAUUUCUAUCAGGAUGGGAUAGCACCAUAACCAAAGUCCAGCAGCAACGCCAUCCCUCCACCCUCGAACCAACAGGCUGCUACCAAGUCUCGUUCUCCAACGCUACGGCCGCCGCCGCCUACCACGCCAACCUCCACCGCAUCCAGCGCCUAGCACGGUAUAAGCUGUCGUCCCCUACCGGGCUGUGGAAGUCGACCGUGCCUCCUCACCUGCUGGUGUCCGGCGCUGCACCCGGCCACCCAGACCAUGACUACGACAAUGACGUUGCAGCCCUGACGCUUGCCAGCCCCUCACAGCCCGACCUGAUCAUCCAUCGUCGUCGCGUGUCCCUGCCCUACCCGUGGUCGCGCCGGCUCUCCAAGCUGGUCGAGCCGCUGGGGUACGGCACCCGACCGCCCGUCGUCGUCGUCGACCUCAGACCUGGUGCCGUGACCCCCGGCGGGUUGGCCCACUUCAUCCGUCAGGAUGGGUGGGAGAGGGAUCUGGCCUGGAGGGUAUCGCGACCUGUCCGUGUCAGUACGCCGCGUACUGCUGCCGACAAACCCCCGGGGCAGGGCGCUGGCGAGGCGGAAGCGGAGGCAGAGGAAGACGCUGAUGCGCAGGAACUUGGCGCCGACCAGGCUGCUGCCGCUGCCGCCGAGGCAUCCCGCUUCGUCGUUGCCUGCGAGACAGAAUGGGAGGCCAGGAGGUUCCAUCGUCAGUGGAACGGUCGUCUUCUAUCUCACGUGGACCAUGGUCAGGUCAUGUAUCGAUCUCAGGUCACGACGUCGCUGAUACAAUGGUGA